AUGGCGCAUGUCGUCAUCGACAUCGAAGCUGAAGAAGAAGAGAAGAACCCAUCUGCGUGGUGUGCAUGGAGCCCAUCAGCCCAUGGAAUGGGUGGCGGUGUACCCGUGCGGCCACCGGCCGGGAGGUCUGCGUCCGCUGCGCAGCCAGCAUCCGCUUCUUCCACAACGACCUCCGAUGCUGCAUCUGUCGGUCACACGUACUGCUCCACCGUCGUCGUCACCAAGGCUAACAGAGCUAGCGGCCAGCGAGGCUUCCCCUUCCUUUGGCCACCGCCGCCUGCGUUUGCUAGCGAGGUGCUGCUGGUGGGUCACUACUACUGGUACCACCGCGGUAUGGGAGCGUACUUCGACGAUGUGUAUCAGUAUCAAGAGAUGAAGAAGGUCUGCACAACGUCGCCGAGCUCAGAUGAAUCAAGAGCCGCAGGUGCAACCCUAGUAAAUUACGUGGGUUAUCCCGAUGCAUUAUUCCCGCAACCAGCGGCUAGCGUAAAUGUGAAUCUCAACGUAUCUGUAUCCCCAAGACAAGCAGCAGAUGCUCCCUUGGAGGAGCCAUCCUCAUCAGAUGUGGGGACAUCCUUGGUUUGUAUUGCUGUCGUGCUGCCGCAACUAACGACUGGAGUGUUCCUUAUGGUAGCCGAGCACCCAUACCCGAAAGUACUCAUCGUGGUGCUAGUAUCUGUCCUCUUUUCAGCAUUCACAUCUUGCACGAUUUAUGCAUGGCGCAAAUUCAGCAACAACUCUCUUCAAUGGGGAUGGAUGAAUUGA